AUGCGCUCCUUCGCUACCAUCGCCGCUGCCGCGACCCUCCUCUCCUCUGUCCAUGCCGCACCAUGGGGUAACGUUUGGGGCAACAAGGACCCCGGCAAAUGUUUGACCACCGAAUCUGCCCAAUAUCUCGUCAACGGCUUCGGAGGACUCAUCUCCGCCUACACUGAUGCCGAUGCCGAAAAGCUGCUGGCCGAUGACUUGACCGACUACUCGGACAGCAUUAACUCUCUCAUCGGCGCCCCCGUGGGAUCCGUCACCUUCCCUAGCAAGGCUGCUUUCAUGGCUGGUCAGGGUGCUCAACCUCCCGUCCCAUUCCAAGUGCUCGCCAUCGAGGCUGUCAACUGUGACACCGUGGCUUUCCGCUGGCUUGGAGGCCUUCAACCUGAGCCAGUCAAGGGUAUCACCAUCCUCACGGCAUCCAAUGCCCAAGGUCAAAAAGACACAUGGCAGAUCAAGACCAUCUACAGUGAAUUCAACAGCAUCUCCUGGCUGAAGGACAUCGGUGGUUCUGUCACCCUUCCGAGCCAGUAA